CCUUAUUAAAAUGUCCUUUUACUUCUUCUGUGCAAAAUUAUUCAGCGACAUGAAAUCCACACCUGCGAAAACAAAGCCCUGUUUUUAAAUGAAGCUCUGCACAAAGCAUCUGCAGGUUAUUCCAAGAAGUUAUCACGUGUUUGCGCUAAAAACAAAACGAAACAGUCACGCAUUUCAGGACAAUAAGAAACAGUUGCGGACUUGAAAUUGAAAGUGAAACGCCAUCACCAUUGGGAGGAACAAAAUUCCCUCCAGAUGCAUAACCAGACACCGUUAUAAACUCACCCACACACACACACACAUUUCAGAGAAGCGAUAAAACAAAACAUGGAUGAAUACGGAAUUACACGUUUCAAGGAAAAUGAAAUGCUGGAUGACGAGGAAUAUGAGGUCCUCUAUAUUGCUCCAGUGGAAAUUGUUGUACUACUCUCCGUGUUCUAUGGAACUAUUAGUUUAGUUGCCAUAGUUGGUAAUUCUCUGGUCAUCUGGGUUGUGGCAACAACGAGACAAAUGCGUACCGUAACAAAUAUGUACAUUGCCAACUUGGCAUUUGCCGAUGUAAUAAUUGGACUGUUCUGCAUACCAUUCCAGUUCCAGGCAGCCCUGCUACAACGUUGGACCCUGCCAUGGUUUAUGUGCGGAUUUUGUCCCUUUGUCCAGGCCGUCAGUGUUAAUGUUUCGGUAUUUACUCUGACGGCAAUUGCCAUAGAUCGCCAUCGAGCAAUACUAAAUCCAUUGAGAGCACGCCCCACAAAAUUUGCAUCGAAAUUCAUAAUUGCCACCAUUUGGCUGGCGUCAGUGACCUUUGCAACGCCCUGUGCCAUAGCAUUUCGCGUCGAAUUACAACAUGAACGGCGAAAAGACACUAUCAACAACACCAUUUACAAUGUGACAACACCGUUCUGCAACAAUGUAAAUCUCUCCGAUAGCCAGCUGCAGACGUAUCGCUACUCGCUGGUAUUUGUUCAGUAUUUGGUGCCGUUUUGCGUCAUCAGCUUUGUUUACAUACAAAUGGCGAUACGUUUGUGGGGCACUCGAGCACCGGGAAAUGCGCAGGACUCACGGGAUAUAACGCUGAUGCGGAAUAAGAAAAAGGUCAUAAAAAUGCUGAUUAUAGUUGUGAUUGUAUUCGGAGUCUGCUGGCUGCCUUUGCAGCUGUACAACAUACUUUAUGUUACGAUUCCCGAAGUGAAUGAAUACCAGUUCAUUGGUAUUGUCUGGUUCUGCUGCGAUUGGCUAGCCAUGAGUAACAGCUGCUAUAAUCCUUUCAUCUAUGGCAUAUACAACGAAAAAUUCAAAAGAGAAUUCAACAAACGGUUUCAAACCUUCUUCUGUCAUUUUCACACAACUGGCGACAUACACGAGCGGACAAUGUCAAUGCAUACUAGGGCGAGUUCACUGCGCUCAACAUAUGGCACAUCACGACUGCGCAAUCAGAAUCGUACCAGCAGCAUCUAUAAUCGACAGACCUCCAGUGAGAGGGACAGCAAGCGGGGUGAGGCUCAACAGCUAUGCAAUUUCAUAACCUACAAUGUGAAUAGCAAUGGUGAGGAGAUUUUGUUAAGUGGUUUGACUCCCACAAAUGGUAUUGAGUUGAAAACCAAAGAAAUCGAGUCGGUUCGUCCCAACUCCGGUUGGCAAUGGCAACGCAAUAAUUUCAAGCCAUUACAUCCGGAACUGCUGGAAUGUGAUAGCAGUGAGGAGCAGGUGCUGGUGGGCGAUAAACAUCCGCCCCACUCAGAAGCUUUGAGGGAAUUUCCAGUUAAUGGAUACAGUGGAAAUAAGGCAAAUAAUGAAGAGACGGAUAUUUUGAGGGCACACCACCAACAGACCAUUAUGUGAGAGGCCAGUUUCAAUUUAGGAAAUCAUGAAACCAAAAAUUAAAAAAAAAAUAUUAGAACCUAAUAACAUUAUUUUCGAAAACACUACGAAUACUCUAUUCUGUAAUAAUCUGUAUAAAAUGGAAUUUGUACCAAGUACCGUAUACGUCUGGAACGUUAUAGCGAGAAGAUGAUAUCUUCUAAAUACAUACAAGUUAUUGAAGAGAAGUGAUGAAUCCCAAAAAUGUAAAAAUUAAAAAAAAACAAAGGUUUUAUUGACUGAUCGAUCCUAGAUAUAAAAGCAAACUUGCAGAUUUUUUUGUUUGUUUUCUCUUGAAAUUCGUUCAUAUCACCUAAACUAGUGGAAAUGCUACAAAAAAAAAAAGAAACACACACACACACACACAAAGAAGAACUUUGAAGACCUGAAGCAUAUAUACAAAGAACAAAUUUUAUCUGUACAAGUUAUUAAUUCUGAGAAUUUCAAAAUAGUUAAUUAAUGUAGGUAUUUUGUCAGUAUUAUGUGUAACACAAUUACUAUUGUAAUUAACUUAUUAUUAUUAUUAUUAUUAAUUUUAACAUUGCAGUAAGUUAUCAGUAUUAUA